AUGGGCGUUGAAAUAUGGCUAGAUGAGUCAUGUGAUGGAGGACUCGUGGCGUCAAAAGAACUUGAUAAUUAUUUCCGAUACUAUUUGCUUCUACAACUUGCGAUUGACGCCGUUCGAAUCUGGUUUGAUUCUGUCAUUCCACCACAGAAAUUACAGAAACACUUACGAAGAUACAAGAAAAAAUCUCUAAGGAAUUGUAGCGAUGAACAAAAGGACAUCUUAUUUCGAGCAAGGUUUGACAUCACGCUUAUCUACAAGAUAAUACGGACUACGACAAAUUUGAAGAAACCAGGAAAGGGAUGGGGACAAAUACCCGAUACUUCAAACACAGAGCCAGUUGAUGACCUGGAACGAGUCCGGAUACAUCGUAACACACACUUCCACGGUCCGCCGUCAAUCAAGGAAGAGGUGUUCCAGGGGAGAUGGGCAGAAAUGUCAGAGAUAAGCCAGAUAUCUUUACAUGUAAUAAAAAGACUUGGGAAAGAUCGCUUGAACGGAAAAGUGGAUGCAUUGAAAACAAAGAUAUUAGACCACGCAAUACGCGCAGAUUUAUCACUUCAAAUUCCUGCUUUGCAGCAACAAGUUCAAGAUCUUCAAAAAGGAUUAGAGUAUCACGUUGGAAAAUACUUGCAAUUGCAACAUGGCAAAAUUAUACAGAAAUGGAAAGAGGAGGACGAAGUCUUCUUUCGGACAGAAAUAUACAACUCAGUUAGUAAUAAAAUCAGGUCCCUGGGUUACUUGACAGUGACUGGGAGUAGUGGUACAGGAAAAUCGUCUCUCAUUCGUCAUUUUGCUUUGAAACUUGCUGAGGAAGGAUUUAAUAUUAUUCCAGUGUCAAGACUUGACGAGAUGAUUCUGCUUGGAAAUCUAAGCAGCAGGCAAGUGUUUGUAGUUGAUGAUGUAUUAGGUGUACAUGGAAGUAAAGAGAAUCAUUUGAACGAUAAAGACAAAAAAGGAAUGCUACGGCUUCACUGUGAAUAUAGAGAAGUAGAACCAAAAUUCUUUAAACAUUUUGAGCUGAAAUCCACCAUGCCUAUGUUUCCACUGUUGUGUAAUAUGUUUUCAUCCAAUGAUAAAUAUCAGAUCCUGGGUGAGCAGUUUUUUAGUCAGCCCUAUGAGUAUUUGUUUUCUGAGAUGGAUAGCAUGCGUCAGCUAAAGAAAAUACAUUAUGCAGCACUGGUGUACUGUGUCGUGAAAGAUAACUGUAUCAAUCCAAAAUGCAUUGACAGAAAAUGCCUCAAAGAUGUAUACGACUGCUGCAGAGCGAACAGGUCCACAUCAAAUUGGGAACUAAUAGACACACUAAGUGUACUGGAAGGUUCUUAUCUGAUGUUGAAUUCAAAUGGUAGCUUUUUGUUUGCUCAUGACAAAUUGUUUGAAAUUGUUGCCAUUCACUUUGGUAGAUGUUUUCCCGAUCGUCUUCUUCAACACACAUCAUCCACCUUUAUCUAUAGUUAUAUAACAUUGUCAGAUACUAAACCAGAAAGAUCAGGGACUAACAUUUACAUUUCUGAAGAUCAAUUUGCUAUUUUGGCCGAUCGAGUCAUAAGUGACAUAAAACGUUUUAACUUGUAUGAAGUAUUUCAAUAUGAUAUAUUGAAGCAUCCAAAGUUUCUUGAAGUGUUUUGUGAUACCUUGAAAAGUUUUAGUUUUGAAGAAUUAAAAAAUCUGCUGCUUAGAGGACAGAGAAGUGAAUCCUCAGAGGAGAAAAACAGGGUAUAUGUGGAAGAUUUAAUGGAAAAAGGAGCAGAGUUGCUGCAAAAUACAACAGAUGUUUCUUUUCAGUUGAAGCUUUUGCAUUUAAAGCAUGUCUAUAGCGCACAACAUUGGAUAAUAGCAUAUGGCCAUGACGUUUUACUCUCCAGUGUCGAAGAGAUGAUCGAUAUAAAACUAACUGAAAAUAAGAGCUCUCCUUGCAUGAAUUGUAAAAGAAAAGUAUCAGAACUGAUUUAUGGUAACAAUUUGGAUUCACAAUUUCUCUGUUUAGUACUGGCUUGUUUUAGUGGUAGUUUGAAAAUGGUCGAAAUUAUUACACGGUCUGUGAUGAAGGAGUGUUUGAAUUAUUACCCUGCUGGAAAGUUGUCACCAUUAUGUGCAGCCUCAUUGUGUGGUUAUAAUGACAUUGUUAUUGCUUUGUUAGAAAAAGGAGUAGAAGUCAAUCGAUGUGGAGCAUCACAUGGUGGUCAUUUGGAGACAGUGGAAUUUCUAAUUACAAGUGGUGCCGAUGUCAAUGUCUGUACCAAGCACGGGGCAUCUCCACUAUUUAUAGCUUCGCGAUAUGGUCAUCUGGAAACUGUAAAGUAUCUGAUUAAGAGUAGUGCUGACCUUAACCUCUGUGACAAGUACAGAUUAUCUCCUAUAAGUUAUACGUCAUAUAGCGGUCAGAUAGAGACCGUUAAGUCUCUUAUUAAAAGUGGAGCAGAGUCUAGUCUUUGUGAUGAGGCCACAAUAUCUGCACUGGGAACAGCAUCGUAUAAUGGUCAUCUGGAUAUCGUGAAGUAUCUAAUGAAGAGUGGUGCUGAAGCCAAUAUUGGUCUAAAUUGUAUAUCUGCUGCUUGCUAUCAAGGUCAUUUGGAUGUUAUAGAAUAUCUGAUUGACAAGGUAGAUGUUAACAAGUUAGGGGAAAGAGAUCUUUCUUCUCUUCAUAUUUCUUUCUUGAAUGGUCACCUUAAUGUUGUAAAAUAUCUGAUAAAACAUGGUGCAGAUGUUAACUUCUUAGACCAAAAAGGUCACACAAAGAUUGUUGAGAAUCUGGUUGAACAUGGUGCUAAUGUAAAUGAGGGUCUUCAAAUUGCCAAACAGAAUGGUCACGAGGAAAUUGUAGAUUAUCUGAUUCAGAAAGGAGCAAGAUAG